AUUAAAAAUUAAAAGUAACAAAAAUAAUAAUGAACGAUUGCCCCACACGUCUUACGUCUAUCUCCUCUUUCAAUCGAUUCUGUAUAAAACUGCUCCCUUUUUUCUUGUUCCUUUUUCAAAAUCAUCCAUCAAACCCUAACCAAAUUCACCAUCAUAUUCGUUUUAUUUAUUUUUAAAUUUCGUAACAAGCAAUCGUCGAUUCGGAUCCGAUUCAAUCUGAUCUGGACGACCUUAUGCUAUGUCUUCACCCGACCCGGCACAGCGCCCUCUGCCCCUAGGCAUCCUGACCCGGUCGGUCUGGUCCGAUAACCUCGACUCCGAGUUCGAACUGAUCCGGUCCGUCAUCGACGAUUACCCGCUGAUUUCAAUGGACACCGAGUUUCCGGGCGUCGUUGUCCGACCCGACCCCAACGACCCGACACUCCGUCACCGGGAACCCGACGCGCACUACCUCAUGCUCAAGGCCAACGUCGAUCGUCUGAAUCUGAUUCAAGUCGGCCUCACGCUCUCGGACGACAAUGGCAAUUUGCCGAAUUUGGGCACCGAGAAUAUGUAUAUUUGGGAAUUCAAUUUCCGAGACUUCGACGUGGCGCGAGACCCCCACGCGCACGACUCGGUGGAGUUGCUUCGGCGGCAGGGGAUCGAUUUCGACCGGAACCGGGAUUUCGGGGUCGACUCGGUCCGGUUCGCCGAGCUGAUGAUGUCAUCGGGGCUCGUUUGCAACAACGACGUAAAUUGGGUCACGUUCCAUAGCGCUUACGAUUUUGGGUACCUGGUCAAGGUGUUGACUCAGCGAGUCUUGCCGGAAAAGCUGCCCGAGUUCUUAAAUUAUGUGAGGGUGUUUUUCGGGUCUGGAGUUUACGACGUGAAGCACCUGACGAAGUUCUGUUCCGGCCUAUAUGGUGGGCUGGACCGGAUCUGCCAGACCCUGAAUGUAAGUCGGGUUAUCGGGAAGACCCACCAGGCCGGAUCGGAUAGCUUGUUGACCUUGCACGCGUUCCAGAGGAUCAGAAAGGACUACUUUUCCAAGGAUGGCAAGGACUUCAUUGAGAAGUUCGCCGGCGUUUUGUAUGGUCUGGAGGUUUCUUGAUACUUCCAUUGAAAUCUAUUGCUCAUAGAUUUCUUUCUUUCUUAAGUAAAUUUUGUACACAUGGCUUGGCUUUAUCAAUAUCAUUAUUAGGUUUUAUUAAAUUC